GGACCCAGAUCCAGGGCACCCACUGGCAUUGGUGGAUGGGAUAGGGGGCUUCUCCCCUCUAGUCACCAGGCCCCCUUUGCCCCAGCUGAUGCCCCAUCCCCACCUGGUGGAGAUUUCUCAGGGCCCUUUGUGUGCAGGAAGGUAGUGGGUUCUCAGCAGGACUGGGGUCUGCAUCAGUGUGACUGGGAGCCUCUGCAGACUGAACUCCUCUCUCCCCUCAAAGGUGGCCCCCAGCGCAGACCAAGGCACAGCAGCUGGGGGCAUGGGUGUAGUCUCUGAAGAUGUCGGAUGAGGAAUUUGAUGAUGACUACAGUGCCAACGAACGAGAAAAGCAGGGAGUGGAGGGGGAGGAAGAGAAGGAGCCAACAGAGGAGGAGGAGGAGGAGAGCUUGUCUCCCCACCUUCUUACAGAAGAGAUCAUGAAGGAAGGCCUCUCCCUCUUGUGUAAAACAGGCAAUGGCUUGGCUCAUGCCUAUGUAAAACUAGAGGCAAAGGAAAAGGACCUGACAGAUAUCAGCCUUCUCCAGAACUACAUUCACUUGCGUUAUGUGGACUUGUCAGAGAACCAGUUGCGAGAUCUGUCUCCUCUGGGCAGCCUCAUCCACCUUCUGUGGCUGAAGGUGGAUGGGAAUCGGCUGAUCAGCGCCCGUCUCCCAGAGCUGCCCUACCUUCAGAUUGCCAGCUUCGCCCACAACCGCAUCAAGGACACAGAGGGCAUUACCCACCCACGCCUGGGCAGCCUCAACCUUAAAGGGAAUGAAAUCCAGGUGAUAUCGGGUCUGGAUCCAGGGAAGCUAACAAACCUGCACACGGUGGAGCUGCGAGGAAACAAGCUAGAAACCACCACAGGGCUGCACCUGCCCAAGCUCAAGAACCUUUACCUGGCCCAAAACUUCAUUACCCACCUUGAGGGCCUGGAGGAACUGGUGCAGCUUACGACCCUGCAUCUGCGUGACAACAGGCUUGAGAACCUGGAUGGCUUCUCUAAGAGCAUGAAGUGCCUGCAGUACCUCAAUCUGCGGGGGAACGGGAUUCUGAACCUUCAGGAGAUGGCAAAGCUGCAGGUUCUGCCCAUGCUGCGGGCACUGGUGCUGAUGGACAAUCCCUGUUCUGAUGAAGGUGAAUACCGGAUGGAGGCUCUGGUGCUGCUUCCCCGUCUUGAGCGUCUCGACAAGGAUUUCUUUGAGGAAGAUGAGCGGGCAGAGGCUGAGGAGACACGGCAGCGCCGCCGGGAUGAGGACCAGGAAAUGGAGGAAUCUGCCCAAGGGGAAGUGACUGAGUGACCCUCCAGUUGCCCCUAGAGUCUCUCAGAACUCUGUGGGGCAAGAGUAGGUUGGCCAGGGAGCAGGACCAGUGUCUACAACUCCAUGUAUUUGGCCCUCAGAGACCUUUCCUUUGCCCACACUCCCUGUCUCUCCUGGGAGAAGUUGGUGUCAGACACCCCCCUGUGCUGACCAAGGGAAUGCAGCUCUAUUGCAGUCAGUGCAGCACAGGCUCUGCUCCUCACAGGCCCAAGGAGAAGGAGGGACAGUUAAGGUUUGUGCAGUUUGAAUUGUGGAGCCUGAAGCUCCUGCAAUAUUUUCUGCUUUGAAUAAAAAGAAUUAAUGAAUCUGGAGUGAGUGAAGUUGAUUAUCCUGGGCCCCUUUCCUCUUCUCUCCUCUCCUCUCCUUUUGUGUCUCUGGCUCGCUCUCUCCAUCCCCUACGUGCUGUUUGCAAAGCUUCUUCUAAAUCCUGACUCAUCGCAGCUCU